GACCGCUGGGGAAAUUGAGUUUAUACCUGCCCCCUUUCCCGUACAAGGCGACUGUUUUGUGACUGUGGACAUCAUGGUGUGGGAGGUGGUGCCCCCAGCUGUGCUGUCCAGCGACCCCAAAAAUCACAAGGUCCGGGAGCCCGAGCCUCAGGCGGAACACACAGGAGUGAUGAUGGAUGCAGAUGAAGACCAAUCACAUGACUUGCUCCUCUGUGCAGAACACUUCCCCUCCUCACCUGGCUUCGCCACAAGUGUCAGUUACAUGGAAUAUGAUGACCUGCCAGAUCUAGAGGAGGUCCAGGAGAAGGCGGAGCCAACAGCACCACCUGUUUACCAGGUGGAGAUGGGUGUGUCACACCAGGAGCUACAUGCGUAUGCAGAGGCACACAGACCACAACCGCCUGACACACGCUGGCUGACACAGCUGGCCCACAUCGCCACUGGGCCUCAGAGCCCACUGCUACAGGAGUCUCCUCACAGCAGCCCCUCUUUAGUCUGCAUCUCCAACACCAGCAGUGAUCUACAUUCCUAUGCCAGGCCUCCUCGUCCUCUCCCCAGGAGCACCUUGUCACCCCCAAUAGGUCAUGGAAGGCAGCAUCAACGCAGUAGGACAAACAGUGAAUGUGGCUCUGCAGUGUCAACCAGAUCCUCUGUCUCUGAUGAUGAAGACAUGGGCUGGAGCUUCUCCUGGCCACCCACCGCCUGGCACUGUUUCAUUAAAGGCACUCACCUGCGUUUCCACAACAGCUAUAAUGUGGAGUGGCAGGAUGCUGAGGAGUUGGAUUUUGCUGAGGAUGGCUCUAGUGAUGAGGAACAGUCAAGAUAUGUGAAGAGUUAUGGCUCUGAGGGUCUGCAGCUGGUGGAACAUUCAGAGAUUGUGCUGUCUGGUCAGGCUAUCCUACACCUGACCUUUGACCCUGGUGCAUUUGGACAUGCCCCCAUGACUGCCAGGUGCCAACUUGACCACCCCUUCUAUGUGAAAAACAAAGGGUGGUCAUCCUUCUACCCAAGCUUGACUGUGGUGCAUUAUGGAAUACCAUGCUAUGAAAUGGAGGUAGGAGAUGUGUGCCUGCCUCCAGGACACAGAGAUGCCAAACACACGGAUGACUCACUGGUAUUUGACACCUUUAGGAGUUAUGAUUUUACUCCUCUGGACUCCUCUGCCGUUUACAUGCUGAGCAGUAUGGCCAGACAGCGGCGGGCCUCUCAGUCCAGCAGCGGAGCUGUUUCUCCAGACAGAGACACAUUACAAGAUGCCCACAGUCCCAGCCACUCUGGCUCUCCUCAUCAAAAGACAACCAAGAGCCAGCAUGCCAGUGCACGGGGAGGUAGUAACACCACACCCAGUAAGUGCAAGAGGCCAAUGAACGCCUUCAUGCUGUUUGCCAAGAAGUUCAGGGUGGAGUACACACAGAUGUACCCAGGCAAGGAUAACAGAGCAAUCAGCGUCCUCCUUGGUGAACACUGGAAGAAAAUGCGAAGUGAGGAGCGACGGGCAUUCACCUUACAGGCCAAAGCCCUUGCUGAUGAACAGAAAAGACUCAACCCAGACUGCUGGAAACGCAAACGGACGAACUCUGAAAUUAAGGCUACAGAGAAGAAAACAGGACAGCUGACAGAGCCUGUAGGAGACAAACACACACAUACACAUGUGAAGAAGUGAUGAAGAAAAGAGAACAAUGGGUAACCUAAUACUUUGCUUCAAUUUUGUCUACAACAGACUUGCCUUGAUCUCCCAAAGUGAAGAUUUAAUUCAGUGUUUUUAAAUAUUUUCACACAUCCUUGUAACAGUAAAAACAACCAGCAGUUUCUGCUCUUGGUAAACACAUUGACCUACUUUCAAAAGUGUCACAUCCCUCUCGCUUGCUUUUAAAAUGUGCUGAUUUUUAAGAGGAAUAAAUCCUUAUAUGUCUAUGGUAAUUAUAACAAGGUAUCAAAUGUAAUGUAACACCUCCCUCCAGAGAGGACAUAUUUCCAAACAAAAUUAACACGCAGAUCUACAGGGUUUUAGCUACGACUGGAACUCCAUGAAUUUACAGCAAUAUGAGAAUAAAAAAAAAAAGUCUGAUCUUUUUUAAGUCUUCACCAUAUGCUUGAAACAGGUGGAAGCUGGGGUGCUGUAGCUUUUUAGGUAAAGUAGAGAUUCCGUAUUUUCCCCAAAUUAUAUUUUAUAUAUAAAGAAAUAUACAAAGUAUUUUCUUGCCUGUAUUGUAUUUGCACUCAGUGUAUUUCACAAGACUACAUAUUUUAACUUUGCCUUCAUGUAAUUCAUCAUGUAAAAUUAGUUAUAAAAAAAUAGUUAUAAAACAAUGUGUGUACACCGUAAAUUCUCGAAUAGGGGCCCAGGUUUUUAUUUACCUCAAAUUAAGAAAGAAUCAGGCCUUUUACUUUAGACAGUUUAUGUCUAAUUUUAUCCAUUUUUAAUAUUUAUUUUAUUUUAGUAAGAAGGCUCCAUCUACAUCUGAUUUGUUUUUGUUUUUAACAGGAAAACAUUUCCAGCAAUUAAGGAGGUAGAAUCCCUUUACUUUUGUAGAAGGCUUUACUUUUGAUAAAGGAGUUAAUUUUGAGUCUCCCUGACAGUUGCUCUAGAAAGUGCAAGCAAAAUGCAUUGUACUGAUGGUAUGAAUACUGUGAAAAUGUUGAUUAUGAUAAAUUUACCGCAAUAGCCAUUGUAGUACUAAUAAUACCCCCCCCCCCCCCGCCUUCAGGCUUUAUUUGUAGGGGCUUUUAUUUGAGAAUUUAUGGUAAUUAAGUAUUGUCACAAAGGAUAUGAAUUCACAUUAUAGUAAAUUGCCAUUAUAGCAGCAGCAUAACAUAUGCACAUGACUUUGAUUUGUCAGUUUUCAUCUACACUGCUGAAGUGUCUUUUAGCAAGACACUGGAUUCCCAGCAGCUAUAGGGGGCAAUAGAAAAGACACCCUCAAUGUAGUAUUUCAAAUAAUAUGUUUUUGCUUUUGAUUGUAACAUCUCUGUGUGCCAUAAUAACAUUUUUAGAUGUGUUCAAUCAAAGCAUCUUUGCGUAUAAUCAAAGAAACAUAAAUACAUGUGAGGGUUGAAGAGGGUUUGUGUUACUCAAAGCUUUAUUUAAGGAAUUUUGACCUACAAGUUAACUAAUAUAGUUAAUUUUUUCAGGGUUUGUUAGAAAAACACCAAUGAGUUUUGGUGGCUUUACUUUGUUUUUUGACAAAUGGAAUGGGAAAAAACAUAUGAGAUAAAAAGCGUGGUAUAAAAUUCUUCCAAGCUGAUAAGGUCACUGAUCAACAGCUACUGUGAAGAGUUGGUGGAACUCAUUGCCAAAAAUGUGGGCUGCACUAGCCAUUCAAGAUUAUCAGCAAUCAGAAAACAAUCCAUAAUUUUGUGUUGUAUUUUAAUCAGGAUGUUUUAGAUUUUUUCGGUCAGAAAUGCUACAGAUGGUUUUUCUCAUCUCUUUGAAUCUGUUAACAUGCAACUGGGAAUCAGCAAUUCAGUCUUUGUGAGAGUUUUUAAUCUCUCAUAGGCAAAGACAGACAAAAUAUACUGAUCAUACAAUGAGACAGCCCUGGGCCCUCAAGGAUUUACUGAGAAUUGGACAUUGGGAUUAGACCCAAACCCACAGCUUCACGGCUGAUUUCUAACCACCUACUUUGUUUGAACAUUUUUGAAGGGGACAGAGAUUUGGCUAAAGGCAACAUCUGUUAGCAAUAUUGCAAUGCAAAAAAUGUUGAGUAAAAAUAUUAUCUUUAAUAAAAACCUAGUCUCAGUAAACCUAAAAUAUAGAGGAAAGGCAUGCAAACCCAUGCAUUUGAGCCUUUAGAAGUGUGUUUGGAUUAAAGUACUUGUACCUUCAUGUAGAGUUGUAUCCAUGCGGAGUGUGAAAGCAGGAAUCUGCUUGGGGUUUAAAUGCUUGAAAAAGUUAAACUUUAACAGAUAUAGAAAAAAAAAAAACAUUUAAAUGCUUCCAAGAUGGGCACUCAUACUCUCACUGCAUAUCGACAUUUGUUCUUAAUGCACUAUAUACACUUUAUCUUAUGUGACUGCUACAGUAUAAUGUGUAAUGACAAAUAUUAAUAUGAUUAUAUAGAAAUAUAUAUUUUUGGUUUUGACUUCAUCUUUGUUAACCUUUAAUUGUUGUGCAUUGAUUAUUUGACUUUUGUUUGUCUUUACUGUCAUGUCAUGUACAGGUCCAUCAGGGGAGACAAUGCAAUACAAUGUAUUAUAGUAUAAA